AUGCCAAAAGUCUACGAGUACACGGAGCAUAUCCACCGUGGCGGAUCCCCGCCUGGUCAUCGCGACCGAGACGAUUCUCCCCGUCGCUCUGGGGACCGCCGCGAUCCCUUUGUGCGCGAGACGAUGACUCUCGAACCUCCUCCUAGUUACGCCUCCCGGGGCCGCUCCCAACCGCCGCCUGACACUCGAGAGAUGGUGCCUCGAGGUCGCAACCCGUCGCGGGGCGCCUACUACGACGAUGACGACGACGAUUACUACGCGCGCGGAUACUCCCCUUCCAACAGGAGUCGCAGUCACCGCAGGCGGAGUCGGUCCAGGGGCGAGAGUCCCAUGGAGCGCGCAAAAUCGGUCAUGGAAGACAACUUCACCAAUUCCACCGCAGGCAUCAGCGCCUCGCUCAUCGGCGCUAUAGCAGGAGGGUACGCUGCUCGUCAGGUCUCGGAGCAUGUGUCUGAUAAUCGCCGCACAAAGGGAGCUGGUCGGCGGCGCCGCAGUGACACGGACAAGGAGGAGCGCGUCCGUCUUGCGUCUACCCUCAUUGGCGCUGCCAUCGGCGGCCUAGGAGCCAACGCCCUGACGAAUCGCUUCGAGGACUCCAAAGACCGCGACAGGCUCAAGCAGCAGGCGUGGGAAAGAACCUAUGGUCGUGAAGAUGGCCUUCCGCAUUAUGACAGUGGCCGGCACGCCGACCUUGACCACCGCAACGGGCGCGGCGUUCUUCGAGGGCGCAGUGACGACGAAGAUGACGAUUACGACUUUGUUUACGACCGCCGCUCUGAUGAUGGGCUACGCCGACCACGCCGACACGACAGCGAUGAUAGCUACCGGUACCGAUGA